GUGGUUAGGAUGAGAAGCACCUGGACGGAAGGCGAUUACUGAAAGCUGGCAGGAUGAGGAUCUCCCAAAAAAAUCUCCAAGAAGUUGGCAUCUGGGAGAGGCAGUCCAAAAAAGCAGCAUUGGAGAAAACCAGUGUCUCUGCCAAUGUUGCCAAAAUACAGACGAUGGAUGCCCUGAAUGACACCCUGGAGAAGCUCAGCCAGAACUUCCCAGCCACAGUGCACAGGGCACAUCAAAAGCCCAGGCCUGCCCUGGAGAAGGUCGCACCACUAAGAAGGAUCUACAUGAUUCAGCAGCCUCGAAAAUGUUAAGCUCCGACAUAAAGCAAGCCAACCGCCUCAGCCAGCUUAGCAGAAAAGAUCCAGGAUUUCCACGGGUCUUAGGGCACUUGCUUGGUCAUUAAAACAGCUUUUGUAUCAUGCUUUUUGACUGUAGAUA